CGCUUAGUGGGGUCCUCUGUCCCAUCGUCUCUUAUAACAGGAAGUUUGAAGCCAGAGGUGAUUGGUCAAAAUGCCAGAGGAGAUGGCAGAUGGUGGGAGAAAGCUCGUGACUCUCGACGACCUUAUCGAUGCCCUGGAGAAGCGCGAGAGGGCGCCAAGUAAUGUCCCUAAGGUCGAGACAUUUCACUUCAAAGGGGAUCGGGUAUCUGAUUGGUUGGAUCUGACAGAGNUGGAGAAGCGCGAGAGGGCGCCAAGUAAUGUCCCUAAGGUCGAGACAUUUCACUUCAAAGGGGAUCGGGUAUCUGAUUGGUUGGAUCUGACAGAGCAGGCGCUGGUGGGACUGUCAGAUGGGGUCAAGCUCCAGCGGGYCCUGAGGUAUGUCUUGCACAGUCACCAUCGCGAAAUAACUAAGGUUGUGGACGCCGCCAGUGGCAGUUGGGCAAAGUUUGGAGACCUAAUGCGAAGUAAGUAUAGGCUGGGGGACGGUCUGUUGACCACGGCCGACUUGGAGGCCAUGAACAAGGAAGACUUCUCUACCAUUGGGGCGUUUGUGCACGAGUUCAAGAAAGGGGCGAGGAAAGUGCACGGGAUUUCUGAGGAGGCGCAGUGCGCCACAUUUUUGGGGCUGCUUUCAGGCUCGGAGGCCACAGAGCUAACGAAGUAUGGGGAAGGAAGCGAGAGGCUCAUCUGGGCAACCGUUGACAAGGGAGUGGAAAAAGGGAGCCUGGACCAGGUGGAGCAGCACCAAAUGAGGCUGCAAAGGCGCAAGAGGAAGGAGAGGGAUGCUACUGUAGCCGGGUUCCCAGGGGUGAAGAAAAUAGUUACGGAUGUGUUGGCGGCACUGGGGUAUGAUAGCGAAGCAGAACUACAGAAAAGAGUGGUGGCAGUGGCCCAAGGCCGGGCGUCAGGAGUAGGAGAUGAGGAGGCAGGGCGCAAAGACUACGGCGGAGGGGAGACGGACUCCCAAGCCCUGACUAAGGCCCAGAGGAAGCAGCGUAAUCUGCUACUGGGGGGACAGGGAUCAGGGAAAGGGCAGGCUUCCCAAGCCCUUGCUGCACCACCACCUGUCACCACGGCCGCCCCAUCGCCCGCGCCAGCCGGAGCAUCGCACAUGGGGCCGCCGCCAUCUUGUGGACACUGGGUGCCGCAUUGCCAAUCCACGCCCUGGCCCAGUUGUAGCCACUGCGUCUCGUGUGGAGGGAGUCAGGCCCACGCGGGGCACAUGGUCCCCUAUUCAGGCCCAUCCGCAAGUAUGGCCCCCCCGAGCUACCCGGCGAUUCAAAGCCAGCCCGUGACUCAAUCACCGCCCUCCCGCAGGCCUCGCAAGCUAGUGUGGCCGGGGGAGGAGGCCAAGGACCAGGCGGGCAUGACAAUGGGGGCCGGGGCCAAGGAGGUAGAGGAGGGGGCGGUCGGGGGCAAGGAGGAAAUGGUGGAGGCCGUGGAGGAGGUUGGAAUGGUCAAGGGGGUUAGAACCAAGGCGGCCAAGGCAGCCAGGGAGGGGGCCAAGGGUACGGGAGACCCCGCUUCGACUGGCGGAACGCAACUUGUUGGCAUUGUGGCGAGGUGGGCCACACCGUACGAUUCUGCCAACAGCGGCGGGACGACGAAAGGCAGGAUUAAUCUCCAACUGUAUGGACGGGGAUAUAUACGACCGGUGGGGAACGCAUAUUGAUCCCAAGACCUCGGGAGGAAUCAGGCAGGAAGCCCUUAGGCGGGCAGCGGCCGGGCCUCCAGCAGCCCCAACA